AUGAAGUAUAUCAGCAACAAUUAAAAGAAACUUAACAAAGCCAAGGACAACUUCAUCUACUUGCUCAAGUCAUUCCUCAAAGAAGACAAGGGAAACUAGAUCUACGAUAUGGUUACUAUGAACUUGCCAGCUGAAAUCAAUUAAAUCAGUGGAGGCAAAAUUUAAGUUAGCAACUUUGAAGUGACUGUUGACUUGGAAAUUGAUCUUAUGAAUAUGAUAUACUUUGACUAAUUUUUAGCUGAAAACUUCAUCAGGUGCUUCUUCAGAUACUAUCCUAAGUUAUCUAUCUACAUCAAAGAAGUCUUCAUUGAAAUAUAUACCUAAGAGUAGAUGACCUUGAUCAAGCAUACCAGUUAAAACUCAGCUUAGCAAUAUGAAAGAGAACACCAGUUUAAGAUGAAAGUGGCAGACUUAGAGAUGGGAAUGGUUAUCAAACUUAAUCUCAGAAUUUCACAUUUCCCCUAUUUCAUUAACUAGAUUGAUCCAGCCACCCUACUAUCAAACAGUAUACUAAGGAAUCAUGGACAACUCAUUUAGCUCAAGCUAGUGCGAGUACUUAAUGUUUUUCAGCCCUCACUCUAUCUAUACUCCAAGUUAUAUAAACGGUAAUGUAAAUGUGUUCACCAGCCUGAAAUCAUCACAGAGAUAAACACUAAUCCCUUAAAAAUAUUCAAGAACUAAGUCAACUACUCCAAUAAGAUGGGCAAGCAUCUUUACUAUGACACUCUUAAUGAAGACAAGGAUAUAACUUGCGAUGAUUGUGAUACUAAAUACACUGUGGCAGAACAAAAGUAUGCUUCCUGCCAGAAAGCUGAGAUUUUGGCACUCUGUGACAAUUAAAAGAAAAAGGUCAUUAGUCUUACACAAAAUAUCUCAACACUCUGGCUUAUUGAACCCUUUUUGAAUUCAAUAUAAAUAGGUUAAGUAAUAAACCUCACAGGGUACUACUUUAUGUUUCCACAGCAGUAAUUUAUAAAUGAGAGAUGUAUAUCUGCACUUCUUGGAGCAAUUGUUGCCUUUAACGUCAUUAAAGUGAACCCUUUUCAUCAGAUGAUUGGUAAGGACUCAGCUCUGGCUUCUUUAUUCUAUUGUAAUAGCACUAACUCAGUUAAAACUUCUAAGAGUAUAAAUAGCAUGAGAAAUAAAUCACUCUUAACACUAGACAACAUCAAGAUGCAUGAUGUUUGCACGCAAAAUGCCAACAACAAAUUCUAUCCUAAGAUUAACAGGCUAAAUGAUCUUGCAAAUAGGAGAGCUCACAGAUAUCAAGGCCCUUCAACAAAUUACUCUGGAACGUUUUCUAUUUUUGAAGCUCUCUAUGAAAUAGAAUCCUUUAACCAGAUCUCUGAUCAAAAUAGUACUAAGAACUCUUAGAAGACAUAGUCUGAUUCCCAGUAGAAUUAAGUUCUCUCAUAAGAGGAAUAUAGAGAUGUUUUGCUUUAGAAAAUGCUAGCACUGGAUGAUCUUGAUGACUAAUUCAGUAAAAUUCACCUGCUGGUUGAUAAGUUAUUUGAGAAUCAGAAGAACAUGAGUUAAAAUUCAAACAUGUUUCACCUUAAGUUUUCUCUAUUACUCAGCAGCAUAGUUCAAAUGAAAAACUCUCUGAUGAAAUACCUAGAGCAUGAAAGUUAAGAGCAAGUACCUGAACUUUAGCUAUGGACAUAGAAACCAAUCAUCUAGAGUUUCAAUCCGGAAACUAAUUCAGAGGAGGAAUAUAGCUUUUUCACUCCAAUAGAACAUCAGGAGGAAAAUACUGAGAAUAUUCCCUUAGCAGCCUCCAGAGAAAAUAUUAAUCUUCUCCUAUUGACAACUGAUAGUGUUCACAUUGACUCUUUAAUUGCUACUAUGAAUGUCAAAGGAGUAAAAAUAGUUGAAUUUCCUAACAUCUAUGAACCUACCUCAAUCAUUCCAUUCCUACUGAUGAACGAUCACUCAAUAAUUAUCUUCAGAAAUCCUAAAAAGGAUCUUCUCAACUUAAUUAAGCUAAUAAUUAGGAAAGGUUUCAUAUAUCUUAAGCAGAGCAACACUCCUAUCUAGGUUAACUUUACUAUUUGGGUGAUGAUAGAUACUAUAGCUUUUAAUGACAAGUUGAAAGGUAACAAAAAAGGAUAGAAGAGUUUACAAGAAGUAAUAGUCAAGGAAUAUGGAAUAGAUUUCCCAAAUCUAUUUGAUGUGAUUGUUGAUAACUCUAUUCAUUCAAAUGUCUAAAUUCUCGGGACUGACUUCCUGAGAUAUAAUGACAAUUUGAUACUAGACAGGCUAUCCUUAAAUCUUGAACAGGGACAUCCAGAGUUCAACAAGGAAUUUAUAUUUGACUAUAGAGAUUUAAAAUGCUUCUGCAAGCCAAUCAAUCCUCACUAAGGCGGGAGUCGACAAAUCGUGAAUAUUUCAGAUCUUUAGCUGAGCAAACUGAGUGUUGGUGAACUAUUCAUUUAGUACUAUUAUUUAUGCUAAAGGAAAUAGCACUAGGAGAAUGAUACCAAUGCAGCUUUUUACAAAGAUGAAAAUGGCAAUGCUGCUAAUGAGAUACACUGGAUGAGCUUGACUGAUGUAGUAAAAGUAAAGAAGAUAGCAGAUAGCAUCAAUUUUAUGAGGCUGUUCUAUCUCAAAUCGUCUGAUGAUCAAAUCAACCAAAUCAAGCUAGAAAGAGGAAUCAUAUCUUCCCAGUUCAGCAAUAAAUCCGUCUAGAAUUAAGGUAUCGAGAUCAUAGAUUGUGUGAUGUCUAUUUUCUUGUAUGAGUUGACUAGACUUUCCAGAGGUAAGCAGACAUUGUACUCCAAGGAUCAGUUUCAAUAUAAGAUACUUAAUUUUUUCUCUGGACUUAAAUUGUGUAGAGUCAUUGAUAACCCCAAUCUGAAUUUGAAUCCAAGUGAUGUUCGCAGACCUAAAGCUAGGACCAAUUAUCUUGAAGAAGAUUAGUUUGACUUAGAUGAGAGGUAAAACCAGGAACCGGACUUACUAGAUGGACUGAUUGAGCAAAUGAAGGUUGAUCUCAAAAUUUAAGAUGACUAGAUUGAGUCUUGUGCAAACUGCAAAACUAAAGCAAGAGAGAAUCUUAAGUUUAGGAAUUUGUACAAAACUCUCAUUGAGAAUAUUUUGAGAAAUAUCAAUAAUUGUUGA